UUCAGAAUUCUAGCUUUGAUUCUUUUCGUUCUGAUCACGGUUCUAAUUCUUGGGUUUUGGUGAUAACAACAAGUUCGUUCCUUCUGAGGGACUUCGUCCUUUUCCUCGCCUUUGGAAUCACCUUGAUGAGAAUUGCUUUGUUCUUUUUGCGAUUUUGAGAAGGCGCUGAAUUGUUCGGAACCCCACCGAUGGUUUGUCUCGCACUCUGUUGGGGCACUCGUUUCAAUCGUGGGAGUGAAUUUUGGAUAUAAGGAAAUUCUUUGUUGGUUUUGGCAGAUUUGGGUGUUUUUGCUCGUAAUUUAGUUCAUCUUUGCUAUGUUUGUGUAUGUAAGCAUUCUGAUUCAUAUCUUUGGACUAAGGCUUGGUUUUUCUUCGGUAUAUGUAUGCUUUCAGUGGUGAUGCUGUCAUAUCUUGCAUAAAUUUUGACUGAUGAGUGCUACCAUAAAGAUCUUCAGUUCAUAUUCACCUUACAUUUCCGAAUUUAGUGUUUUUUCGUUUCCUGUGUUUUUUUUUUCUAUUAACCUCAAAUUUCAGAUCCGGUGUGCCAGCAUAAAAAUAUCUUCAGUUCAUAUUCACCUUACCUUUCCAAUUUUACUGUUUGUAGGCGUUCUUUCUCUAUAGAUUUCAAAUUUCCGGAUUUGGUUCUGCCCUCUGGUUUUAUUGGUAUGCAUGGAUUCUUUAGCCUGUUUGGCUAGCAAACAGAUAGUCUGACUUGUGAUGUAGUUGUUUAUGGAAAUUCGAUCUUUGCUUGACAAGCGAGGCUAGUUUGUUACAAUCCGUCCUUGCUGUCUUCUCCAUUUGUUGCACUUGUUGUUAUCUUAUGCAAAGAUUUGUUGUGCUUAUUUUCACCUUUAGGUUUAGUCGAGCUUAUCAAUUCAGGGUCUGUAUAUAUAUAUAUCAAUUCAGGAUUGACAUGUGCCCUUCUGCAAUUGAGUCUGUGCCAGUUGGCAUUGACAUUCAUUCACCUGAUGAAGAACUUGUACUGUUCUUGGAUCAAAGGAAACCUGGGGAUGCCACUCCAGACAAUGUUGUCACUGAAGUGAAUCCUUUCAACGUUGAACCAUGGAAUUCUCCUGAAAACAUUUGGUAUCUGUACCAUUCAGGGGCCCUGAGAUCUCCUAAUGGGAACUCUGAAAUGAAAGUAACAAGAUCUGGAUAUUGGAAGCCAACAAAUGAUCUUAAAAUUUAUACAAGUACCUGCGCUAUUGGUAGAAAAAUGACCCUGGAAUUUUAUAGUGGCAAAGAACCUUUUGGAGAAAGAACUGGGUGGGUGAUGUAUGAGUAUCAGGCGGAACAGCAUAUGUCAAAUGGAUAUAAUUCCUCAAAGAAGAACUAUGGUUCCUUGUGUAGAGUCUUUCAGCAAACUGAUAGAAGGACAAAUCAAGAAGAAAAUUUUUUUUCUGCUAGUGCAGGUGAUUCUGGUGGUGAGUACAUAGAACGAAUAUUGUUGACCCUUCUAGAGAAAGAAGAGGGCAACUCAUCCUCGAGGAUUUCAGCCAACAAUUCCCAGACUGUCGCUGAGAAAGGUCAGGAGCAAUCAGCGUUAUCCAGCAGGAGGCCUGAUGAGCCUUUACCUGAGAAUUCUAAUGAGAACAUGUUUGGAACUUGUGAUUUUUCAAAUGGAGAAUUCUUGGAGAUAAAUGAUCUAUAUUGUCCGGAGAUACCUUCAGCUAGUUCAGAUAAUUCUAGCCUCAUGUCAGUAAAUUCUGAUGAAUUCUUUGAUACUGAUGCAUUAUUGAGGGAUAUUGAGACUGACCAUGGUCUUGGAGUAGAAGAAGAGCUUACGUAUCACAGGUUCAGUAUCUCUGUACCUACAGAAUCAAGUCAGGUGGUUAUCAGGCCUUCCCCACCAGGUAUAUCAAUUCUGGUCCCCUUCCAUUGUAGUUCAAUUAAUAGAACUGCUGAUCUUGUGAUUGAAGAUAGCAAUCCAGCAAGUUGGUUGAUUAGAAAUGGAGUGACUUCACACCCAGAACAUUCCUCAUCAACUGAUGAGUUGUGGCACGAUGGAAAGGCUUCUACAACUAGUAAAUCUCAGGGCAGUCAGGACAACCGAAUUGCCGAUACCACACAUAGACGCAGGACUUUAAAGGGGAAUGGAUUAAAAUCAGUCCGAAAGAUUGCAAAGAUAGGAAGAAAAUACUGUUGCUUCGGAUCAUUUUGAUAUAACCUGCCUCGUCAUACUGGUUAGAGAGGAGAUAGGAGUAUGGUCUUGGGUUUCAAAACCCAGAAAGAAACUUCUUGGUAAUGCAAGUGUUUGAUGUUUUAGCUGGAAGCCAACACAAGGAGUUGUAGAGAAGAUUGGGAACUUAAAACACCCAUCUUGAAGUCAACUGGCAAAUCUAAAUUGCAGAUUUCAAAGUGCUACUGCCUGAUGUAUUUAGGUUCCUAGGGUUUAUUUUAUUUGUUUCACGGAAGUCUCAUACAUGUGGUUGGAGUAUAUGCAUCUUGGAAUUCUCAACACAUUUACCUGUAAGGCAGCAAAUAACACAGUUUUGUACAUUUUGUUGAUAUAACGUGGUUUCUUUUAUCUUAAACAA